CCAGUUGAGGGGGUGGAGGUGGAAGAGGAGGCAGGUAGCUGAAAUCCUAGGCUCUUGGAAGAAAGUCACUCCCGCUUAGCAUCCUGGGGUCCAUUGCAGGUGACAAGAGCUCCCAGAGGCUGAGCAGGCCUAGCUAUGGCUCCAUUUCCAGCCUGCCAGGCCCAGCAUCUCAGCAAGUACCACCCCAGAAGACCUACUUGAAUGAGAAGAUUCCCAUCCCCAGCACAGAGCAGGGCACAUUCAGCCUGAGGAAACUGUGGGCCUUCACGGGGCCUGGCUUCCUCAUGAGCAUCGCUUUCCUUGACCCAGGGAACAUUGAGUCGGACCUUCAAGCCGGUGCUGUGGCUGGAUUUAAACUGCUCUGGGUGCUGCUAUGGGCCACCGUGUUGGGCCUGCUCUGCCAGAGGCUGGCUGCCCGGCUAGGCGUGGUGACAGGCAAGGACUUGGGUGAAAUCUGCCAUCUCUACUACCCUAAGGUGCCCCGCACACUCCUCUGGCUGACCAUCGAGCUAGCCAUUGUGGGCUCAGACAUGCAGGAAGUCAUCGGCACGGCCAUCUCCCUCAACCUGCUCUCAGCUGGACGCAUCCCCCUGUGGGGCGGUGUCCUGAUCACCAUCGUAGACACGUUCUUCUUCCUCUUCCUGGAUAACUACGGACUGCGCAAGCUGGAAGCUUUCUUUGGAUUUCUUAUUACUAUCAUGGCUCUGACCUUCGGUUAUGAGUAUGUGGUAGCACGUCCAUCCCAGGGAGCGCUUCUUCAGGGCGUGUUCCUGCCCUCCUGCCCGGGCUGCGGUCAGCCUGAGCUAUUGCAGGCAGUGGGCAUUGUUGGCGCCAUUAUCAUGCCCCACAACAUCUACCUGCACUCAGCCUUGGUCAAGUCUAGAGAGGUAGACAGAACCCGCCAGGCAGACAUUCGCGAAGCCAACAUGUACUUCCUGAUUGAAGCCACCAUCGCCCUCUCUGUGUCCUUCAUCAUCAACCUCUUUGUUAUGGCUGUGUUUGGUCAGGCCUUCUACCAGCAAACCAACGAGGAAGCGUUCAACAUCUGUGCCAACAGCAGCCUCCACAGCUACGCCAAGAUCUUCCCUAGGGACAAUCACACAGUGUCGGUGGACAUUUACCAAGGAGGUGUGAUCCUAGGCUGUCUCUUUGGCCCUGCCGCCCUCUACAUCUGGGCAGUGGGUCUCCUGGCAGCGGGGCAGAGUUCUACUAUGACGGGCACCUAUGCAGGACAGUUCGUGAUGGAGGGCUUCCUGAAGCUGCGGUGGUCCCGCUUCGCACGUGUCCUCCUCACUCGCUCUUGUGCCAUCCUGCCCACUGUGCUUGUGGCCAUCUUCCGAGACCUGAGGGACCUCUCAGGCCUCAACGAUCUACUCAACGUUCUGCAGAGUCUGCUGCUGCCCUUUGCUGUGCUGCCCAUUUUGACUUUCACCAGCAUGCCAGCCGUCAUGCAGGAGUUUGCCAACGGCCUGUUGAGCAAAGUUAUCACGUCCUGCAUCAUGGCAGUCAUCUGCGCCAUCAACCUCUACUUUGUGGUCAGCUACCUGCCCAGCCUCCCGCACCCUGCCUUCUUUGGCCUUGUAGCUCUGUUGGCUGUGGGCUACUUGGGCCUUACAGCCUAUCUGGCCUGGACCUGUUGCAUCGCCCACGGAGCCACCUUUCUGACUCACGGCUCCCACCAGCACUUCCUAUACGGGCUCCCUAAAGAGGAGCAGGAAGACAGGGAGCGCUCUGGGUGAGCAGCACACUGGAUCCAGAGAGCAAGGCCGCAGGAUACAGCAAGGCAAUUGGAGGUCGGCAACCCGGCUCUCGAGAUUACAGGUUUCCCGUUUAGAGGAGGGGUUUACCUCAGAGUAAAGUAUCCUCGGCUGUGCUAGGGACCACACCCAUCUAACCACCAACCUAAAGGACUUAAAAACACAGUGCCCGAGGCUAGAGAGGUGGCUCGGCAGUUAAGAACACUGGCUGCUCUUUGGUCACCUUCGUGGUGGCUCUCAAGUGACUGUAACUCCAGUUCCAGGUAGUCCAACGCCCUCUUCUGGCGACCUACACUGGCACUGUCUGCACAAGGCGCACAGACAAACAUUCAGGCAGGGCACCCAUAUACAUAAAGAUUACCU